AUGGAAAUUUUGUGGAAGACGCUGACUUGGACACUGAGCCUGGUGGUGAUGGCUGCUUCUGAAUUUCAAAGCGUCAACAGACUUUCACACAACUCUCAAGAGGAGUUCCUGUCCUACCUGCAGCACUACCAGUUGACUGUCCCGGUGCGGGUGGACGAGAACGGAGAGUUCCUGAGCUACACUGUGAAGCACCACCGGCCGGGCCGACGGAGACGGGGGGCGGUGGACCCCAUAAUGGGGCCGGUGCCCGCGUUGGACCCGGACCCUCCGGAGUCCCGGCUGUUCUACAGACUGUCAGCUUACGGAAAGCACUUUCACUUAAACCUGACACUCAACCCCCACCUGGUGUCGAAACAUUUUACAGUGGAGUAUUGGGGCAAAGAAGGGCUGGAGUGGCGUCAUAACAUGGUAGAUAACUGUCACUAUGUUGGAUUCUUGCAAAAUCAGCACAGCACAACCAGAGUGGCGCUCAGCAACUGCAAAGGCCUGCAUGGUGUUAUAACAACAGAGGAAGAACAGUAUUUAAUAGAGCCAUUAAAGAACAUAUCCUCCACCACCUCCAGUGAAUGGAACCUGGAAGAAGCACAGCAACAUGUUAUUUAUAAAAUGUCUGCCAUUCCCUCACCGCAAGAGCAUAGCCAGGAGUUCAGCUGUGGCAUUUCAGACCUCAUUAAAAGCAGUGCACCUUGCCAGUUUAGCACACCUCCACCUGUCCACUCGUCCCCUGCCCCCCAGAACGACAGCGAGCGGUCCAACAGCACCCACAGACAGAGGCGCUCCGUCAGCACCGAGCGCUUCGUGGAGACGCUCGUGGUCGCUGACAAAAUGAUGGUCGGUUACCAUGGACGCAAAGACAUUGAGCACUACAUCUUGUCUGUAAUGAAUAUUGUUGCCAAACUUUACCGUGAUGCCAGUCUAGGAAAUGUUGUGAACAUUAUUGUGACCCGGCUGAUUGUUCUGACUGAAGAUCAGCCAAACCUGGAGAUUAACCAUCACGCUGACAAGUCUCUGGACAGUUUCUGUAAGUGGCAGAAGUCCAUCUUGUCUCAUCACAGUGAUGGCAACAGUAUUCCUGAAAAUGGGAUGGCUCAUCACGACAAUGCUGUCCUAAUCACUCGGUAUGACAUCUGCACCUACAAGAACAAACCCUGUGGUACCUUAGGCUUGGCCUCAGUGGCUGGAAUGUGUGAGCCGGAGAGGAGCUGCAGCAUCAAUGAAGACAUCGGCCUCAGUUCUGCUUUCACCAUUGCUCAUGAGAUCGGCCACAAUUUUGGGAUGAACCACGAUGGGAUCGGGAAUUCCUGCGGUACCAAAGGCCACGAGACAGCCAAGCUGAUGGCCGCUCAUAUAACAGCCAACACCAACCCUUUCUCCUGGUCCGCCUGCAGCAAAGACUACAUCACCAGCUUUCUCGACUCAGGUCGGGGGACGUGUCUGGACAAUGAACCUCUGAAACGAGACUUCCUGUACCCAACAGUGGCCCCGGGGCAGGUGUACGAUGCAGACGAGCAGUGUCGCUUCCAGUACGGAGCCUCCUCACGCCAGUGCAAGUAUGGGGAAGUGUGUAGAGAGCUCUGGUGCCUUAGCAAAAGCAACCGCUGUGUAACAAACAGUAUCCCGGCUGCAGAGGGGACUCUGUGCCAGACCGGCAGCAUCGAGAAAGGGUGGUGCUACCAGGGGGAGUGUGUUGCGUUUGGUACCUGGCCUCAGAGUGUGGACGGAGGCUGGGGGCCCUGGUCGCUGUGGGGGGAGUGCAGCAGGACCUGUGGGGGCGGUGUAUCCUCCUCCAUGAGGCACUGUGACAGCCCAGCUCCGUCUGGAGGAGGCAAGUACUGUCUUGGAGAGAGGAAACGCUACAGAUCCUGUAACACCGACGCCUGUCCUGUGGGAUCUCGGGACUUUCGAGAGAAGCAGUGCGCCGAUUUCGACAGCAUGCCUUUCCGUGGGAAAUACUACAACUGGAAGCCUUACACCGGUGGUGGUGUUAAGCCCUGUGCGCUGAACUGCUUGGCAGAGGGCUAUAACUUCUACACAGAGCGCUCUCCUGCAGUCAUAGAUGGCACCCGGUGUCAGGCUGACUCUCUGGACAUCUGCAUCAAUGGAGAGUGUAAGCACGUGGGCUGCGACAACAUCCUGGGAUCCGACGCUAAAGAAGAUCGAUGCCGUGUGUGCGGAGGGGACGGCAGCACCUGCGAGGCCACCGAGGGGCUCUUCAACGAGUCUUUACCCAGAGGAGGCUACAUGGAGGUGGUUCAGAUCCCAAAAGGAUCAGUUCACAUCGAGAUUAAAGAAGUUGCCAUGUCCAAGAAUUAUAUUGCUUUGAAGUCUGAGGAGGACGAUUAUUACAUCAAUGGAGCGUGGACCAUUGACUGGCCCAGGAAGUUCGACAUCGCAGGUACGGCCUUCCACUACAAGAGACCCUCUGAUGAACCGGAGUCUUUAGAGGCGUUGGGAGCUACCACUGAAAACCUGGUUGUCAUGGUCCUCCUUCAGGAACAGAACAUGGGAAUACGCUACAAGUUCAACGUGCCCAUCCAGCGCACAGGAAGCGGCGACAACGAGGUGGGCUUCUCCUGGCACCACCUGCCCUGGUCCGAUUGCUCGGCCACCUGCGCCGGAGGUUCCCAGAAGCAGGAGGUGGUGUGUAAGAGGCUGGACGACAACUCGGUGGUGCAGAACAGCUACUGUGACCCAGACAGCAAACCUCCAGAGAACCAGAGGGACUGCAACACUGAGCCGUGUCCCCCAGAGUGGUUCAUCGGCGACUGGUCGGAGUGUGGGAAGACGUGUGACGGCGGGAUGAGGACGAGGACAGUCCUGUGCAUCAGGAAGAUUGGCCCUGCUGAGGAGGAGACGCUGGAGGACACCCACUGUCUGACCCACCGACCUAUCGAACGCGAGUCCUGCAACAACCAGUCCUGCCCGCCAAAGUGGGUCACCCUGGAUUGGUCCGAGUGCACGCCGAAAUGUGGCCCCGGCUACAAGCACCGCAUCGCCUUGUGUAGGAGCAGCGACCUGACGAAGACCUUCCCGCCCGCCCACUGCCCGAGCCACAACAAACCUCCGGUCCGAAUCCGCUGCAGUUUAGGACGCUGUCCUCCUCCUCGCUGGAUCCCUGGUGAAUGGGGACAGUGUUCGGCGCAGUGCGGCCUGGGCCAGCAGAUGAGGACGGUCCAGUGUCUGUCCUACACCGGGCAGCCGUCUAACGAGUGCGCAGAGUCCCUCCGACCCACCAACAUGCAGCAGUGCGAGAGCAAGUGCGAUGCCACCCCCAUCUCUAACGGCGACGAAUGCAAAGAUGUAAACAAAGUGGCCUACUGCCCGCUGGUGCUGAAGUUCAAGUUCUGCAGCCGAGCGUACUUCAGACAGAUGUGCUGCAAGACCUGCCAGGGGCACUGA